CCGGGGCGGCGCGGCGCGCUGUCGGAUAAAAAGGGCGGCCAGCCUACUGCCUGCCCGGCCGCGGCCCCCUUUCCCAGCUCCCGACUGUGGCCCGACCCCAGCUGGUGGGAAGCCUCACGGGAGGGUGGAGUCCUCCGGGCUGUUCCUCAAUAGGUGCGCCAGGGGAACAGAAGCAGCUGAACAAUUCUGUGGGGUCCCCCACGCCAGGAGACCAGUGGGAUGAGCGACCACGAGGAGGAGGAAGAGACGCUGGCGACCGAGGAGCUCCGCGACGCGGAGGACUAUGCGGCGGAGGCGAUGGCGGCCGACAUGGACCCCUGGGUGGUCUUCGACGGCCGCAAGACCCCCCGCGCCGAGUUCGACGACUGGCUGGACAGUAACCGCCCCUCCCGCACCUUCCGGCACGGGGGCCCGGGGCAGACCGGCGAACCGGUGGGCUGGAUCGCCGUCUACGGGCCGGGCAGCUCGCCUUCGGCCGAGAGCGGGGAUGCCGAGGGGCUGCAGGAGGACUGGGAGAGGCUGCUGUCCAGCGGCAGACCCGUCACCUACGAGACGGUCAGGGAGCUGGCGUUGAACCGGAGGGUGGUAAGCGGCAAGUGGCUCAUGCACCUGGACACCGGCUUCAAGGUGGACCAGGCCUGGGGGCGCGUCGCCAGGGCGGUGCUGGACGGCAAGUUGCCCGCCGCCAAGGUCAGCCCCUACUGCCCGUCCUCGGGAGACAAGCACGUGAUCUGCGUGCCCAGCGACGACUUCACCGACCUGGCCCAGGUGGUCCACCUAGACACUGCCAUCCGCUCGCUGGGCAUCAAGUGCCCGCUCUCCUUCAAGCCCGACGCCUACACCUACCUGGGUAUCUACCGGGGUAACCACUGGAAGCUCUGCCCCACCAUCUACGAGAGCCAUUUCGACCUGGAGUGCAUCCCCCGCCGCUCCAGAAUCGUCAGCAAGGUGACCAUGCGAGAGCUGACUUAACUCUGCCUAAAAGUUUUUUUAAUCUUAAAUGUACAGAUUUAACAGAGGAAAAAAAAAUCAGCAAAGAAAUGGGUGUUGGCAUCGUCAGUGUCUUGUAGCUGGUAGAGUUGUGAGUUGGCUUGAAUGGCGCAUCAGUGCGAGUAGUGUGGGUGUAGGGUCUCUGCUAGCUGGGCAGGGUUGGUGGGGUGCCCACCCUGCCCUUCCCCUCGUUCGGGACUGAGCCCACGGGUGCCGGCUGUCGAGAGUGCCCCAGGGCUUGUGGGUGAAUGGGGAUGGGGUGGGCAAUGGGAGCAGGGGUAGGCCUGGCCCAGCAUUCAGUACCACCAUGGGUGAUCUGCCUCAGUCCUCAUCUUACCACCCACCCACCGUGCCAGUUCCUCAAUCUUUCAUAAGUUCUCUAUUUCCUCCUUUAUCUGCAAUGAUCCAGCAGCAUUGACUCUCUGCCGUAGAGAAUUCCACAGAUCCCCCGCCCUCUGCGAGGAGGAUCUCCUACGCACCUUGGUUUUAAAUGACAGCACCUGAUCUUGUAACUCUGUCCACCCUGGCACCGCCCCCUCAGGAUCUUCCAUCUUUUAAUAAAAUUGCCCUUCAUUCUUCUUAUCUCCAAAGAAUAUAGAUCUAAUUUCUUAAAUUGCUCUAUAAAGGAACCCAGAAAUUAGCCUAGCAAAUUUUUUUUUUUUGUUUGGAAGUGUUACCAAUGCCCUCCUCAUCUCAAAAUAAGCUGACCCUAAACUGUGCAUGGUACCCCAGGUGUGGUCUCACCAGUCCCCUCCACAAUUGUAACAGGUAGGAAACUGACCAAUUACUCCCUUGCCUACACAAUGCCUUCCCGUCUCUCUUCUCCACCACACCACCCCCCCCCCCCCCCCCCCCCCCCCC